AUGUCGAGCAACCGCUACCCGGCGUUGCCAAGCCGCAUGUCUCUGAUUUCAUUCAAGACACGUCUUAAGGGAGCGCAAAAGGGGCACUCACUGCUAAAGAAGAAGGCCGAUGCCCUCGCAAUCCGCUACCGCGCGAUUAUGGGGGAUUUGCGAAAUGCCAAAAUGGAAAUGGUGGAGCAAAUUCGGGGAGCGUAUUUCACCGUCUCCAAAGCUCAGUUUAUAGCGGGCGACAUUGGCCUUGCGGUGCAGGAGUCUCUUAAGCUGCCGACAUACGCGAUGCGACUUCGGGUGGAAAAUAUUGCCGGUGUGCGUGUCCCAAGUUUUCACGAACGCGAGGAACACAGCGGUGAUUUGGUCACGCUGGAUGAGAAGGGACGGCGAAUAGGCACGGCGGGCAUCGGCCGCGGUGGCGAACAGCUCCGAGAAGCGUCUGAGAAGUUCCGUGAGACCCUGCGGCUCCUGGUGAAGAUUGCGUCACUGCAGGUUAGUUGGGUGACACUCGACCUCGCACAGAAGGUGACAAACCGCCGCGUAAAUGCGCUGGAAAAAGUAGUGGUUCCUCGCGUGCAGAACACAUUAAGUUACAUCACUUCGGAGCUGGACGAGCAGGAGCGUGAAGAGUUCUUUCGUCUCAAGAUGGUACAGAAGAAGAAGCGGCAGAUUCAGGCGAAUAAGGCGCGUGAGGCACUCGCACGGCAAGCGAAUGCGAGCAAAGGCCCUUCCACGGUUCAAAACGCACUUAAAAUGGUGAAUGGCAACGAUGAUCUGGGUAUCGAUGAGGCAGAUCUAGUUGUGUAG